AUGUGUAAGUACACCUACCACCACUACCCGUUUUGCGGGCACAUCUCCAACUGGACUGUGGUCAGUUGUCUAGAAUUCACAAGCGAACUUCGUGCACUUGCCUUUACGGGCCAGGUCCUGUCUUGCGACAGAACCAAGAUCAAACACAUUAUCAACCAAACAGCAAAACAGGAUCUCUGUGCCCAGUGCGAUAUCGAAUGGUGCGAGGCUAUGACCAGCAACGACAUGGACGCCUUGCUGGACAAUAAGUACCGCGUUAUCGAGGGCCUAGACGCAGCCAGGCCCGUUCUUGAAUUUUCUGUCCGCAUGAACCGUGACACGAACAGCGACAGAGCUGAGUCUUCCUCACCCAGUGUUGAUAUUAUCAUCGGUACCAGUGAGCAGUUUGAUGUGUCUACAGAUAUCGGCCACGAUUCAAACUCCCAUGACUCCUCCCGCCCCCGCCCAAGAAGAGGCAUGAGUCACCGUGGAUCUGCCUCCUCAUCUCUGAGCAUUGAAAGUGGUGAUUUCACUCUUUCCAUAACUUACAAGAGCACAGAUACGGAUCCUUGGGAUUGCAAUUCGGAGUCUCAGCCAUGUUCCGAUUCGCAGCGACAUAGACAUAUACGCAUUCAAUACCGAAAGCCGAAAGUUGAUCGCAUGAGGUUCGGGGAGUAUUCCUCGUCAGAGUACUCUCCUCGGGUGGACUUGGCUUGCCCGCCUACCCAAACGCCAGGGAGCAGUUCGAGCAGUAUUACAGAUUACUCGGGAGAAAGCUCCAUAUUUGGAUCCGAGAGCAGCCCCAGCCUACCCGAUUUGUCACUUCUAAACAUCCAGGGUAGCUUCAAUGCUGAUCAUGAACGAGGUCAUUCAGAGAGCUCUCCGUUUUCAGCUGGUUCGGAUACGAGUGCUUCCUUCGAGCAUUUUUAA